AUGCAAUCUCCUAACGAUGCAUCUUCUCCCACCACCGACGUCACAUUGGAAGAGGUGGAUGGUGGUCAGAAAAGAGAAGUAACACUACGACCCGAGCAAGAAGCGCUCAUGAAGAAACGUCACAAAGUUGCCAAUCACGUCGAGAAAGAUGUGGAGCAUAACGAUGGCAACUCUAACGAAAGACAUAGGGUCUGCGAGUUCCUGGUUCAAAAUCUAAACGCCGAUGGAUGUCACGCCAGCAGCGAUUACUCUGUGAGCCUUCUUGUUGGAAGGCAUGGUUUCCACUUAUGGUCCAUUGUCUUUGAUGGCACGAAGUAUCGCAAUGGAUGGAGAGUAUGCCCCCCUGGCAUCGGGGCUCCUAGAAGACUAAUUGAUGAACAAGAUGUUCGACCCCUGAAAGACCUUGAGAUCCAAGUGGGCCACAAGGGCAAAUUUGAAGGCGAAUCGGCAACCUUUAGUUUUGUUGUCACAGAAAUCGAUGGAGUGCCCGAACAAGAAUCGAUGGAGUGCCCGAACAAGAUGUCCUGUGCCCGAAACAUUCUGCAAUCCAAAUGA